UUCGCAGCCGGAACCUGCGGGAGGACUGCAGACAUGCGGGUUUUAGUGAUCCUCGUUGUGACGGUGCUCUCUCUCAGCUCGGUGACCGGGAGCGGAGCCGAGAAGAAGAAGCUGCAGAUCGGCAUCAAGAAGCGAGUGGACAACUGCCCCAUCAAGUCCCGCAAAGGAGACGUGCUGAACAUGCACUACACGGGCAAGCUGGAGGACGGCGCCGAGUUCGACAGCAGCAUCUCCCGCGACAGGCCCUUCACCUUCACGCUGGGCACCGGCCAGGUGAUCAAAGGCUGGGACCAGGGCCUGCUGGGCAUGUGCGAGGGCGAGAAGAGGAAGCUGGUCAUCCCCGCGGAGCUGGGCUACGGAGACCGGGGAGCUCCACCGAAAAUCCCCGGAGGAGCGACCCUCAUCUUCGAGGUGGAGCUGCUCAGCAUCGAGAGGAGAUCCGAGCUUUGAUGGAGGAGAGACGACGACGAGGAGGAGGAGGAGGGGGGGGGAUAACUUUCAAAAACGUUCCAGGAGCUGCAGCAGCAUCGGGUGGAGAGAAUCUGUACUUGGAUGGAGACGAUAAGACACAUUAUGGAGGAGACCGUCAGCAGACCCACAGUCGUCCCUUACUGGCUUUUAUGCUCUGAUUUAUUGCACUGAUGUAAUUAUAUUGUACAAUAACAGACUGUAAGUGUUUGCUAAACAUAAGUAGAACUGACAGUGAGCAGAUAAGAACAGGAUCUCGCCGUGGGCUGAUUUAUAAAGUCAUUACAAUCUCAUCUCAUUUUUGCUCUAAAUUUUCUGUGAUUUUUUUUUUUUUUUUUUUUUUUUUUAGCCAGUCUUUUCAUUACUCUACUUUCAACUGAAGUAUUAUUAGGUUGUUUAAGAAAUCAAACUUAAGACAGCAGGACAGCUGAAAACACAUGUUUUUCGUUUACUGUUACUAUUUGAUUUAUUAUAAUAAAAUGUUGACCUCGCUGGAAA